AUUAUGGAGCCUCAAAGUCAGAAUUUGAAGACAGCACCAUCUUUGACUUUAGGAAGAUUUCAUAUUUCUGAAGAUUAUGGCUUUCUUCUUCCAAAUCCUCUGAAAGAACUUCCUGAUCACUAUAGACCUUGGAUGGAAAUUGCCAACCGACUUCCUCACUUGAUUGGGAGUCACCAGCUUCGAGCUCAAGUGAACGAGAUGCCCCUCUUGAACUGCCAGUUCCUCACGGGUUACCGGGAACAGCGGCUGGCACACCUGGUCCUAACCUUUAUUACCAUGGGAUAUGUCUGGCAGGAUGGAGAGGCACAGCCCAAAGAGGUUCUGCCGAGAACCCUUGCCCUUCCCUUGGUCGAGGUCUCCAGGAACUUGGGGCUCCCUCCUAUCCUGCUUCACUCGGACGUGGUUCUGGCCAACUGGGCUACUAGGAACCCAGGAAGACCCCUGGAAAUCAGGAACUUGGACCCCAUUGUCUUAUUCCCUGGGGGAGAAAGCCUGCGUGGUUUUAUACUGGUGACUGUUUUGGUGGAGAAAGCAGCUGUACCCGGGAUUAAGGCCCUUGUUCAGGCGGUGAAUGCCAUCUUGCUGCCCAGCCCAGACUCCCUGCUCCAAGCCCUGCAGCGACUGAGGCUCUCCAUUCAGGACAUCACCAGAGCCUUGGGACAAAUGCAUGAUUAUGUAGAUCCAGACACAUUUUACACAGUCAUCCGGAUGUUCUUCUCUGGCUGGAAGGAUAACCCAGCAAUGCCUGCGGGGUUGUUAUAUGAAGGCGUCUCCAAAGAGCCCCUGCAUUACUCCGGCGCGAGCGCUGCUCAGAGCACAGUGCUGCAUGCCUUUGAUGAAUUCUUGGGUGUUCGUCACAGCAAGGAAAGUGCUGAUUUUCUGCACAGAAUGAGGGGUUACAUGCCUCCUUCCCAUAGGGCCUUCAUAGAAGAAAUUCACUCUGCUCCUUCCCUGAGGGACCACAUCCUGUCCUCUGGAAACAGCCAGCUUCUGACAGCCUAUAACCAGUGCGUGGAGGCCCUGGCAGCCCUGCGCAGCUACCACCUCGCUAUGGUGACCAAGUACCUCAUCACGGCCGCACCCAAAGCAAAGGGCAGGAAGACGAGCCAUCUCCUGGGGCCACCUCAGGCCUUAGAAGAGAGGGGCACAGGCGGAACGGCAGUCGUGAGAUUCCUGAAGAGUGUCAGGGAUAAGACCAUAGAGGCGAUUCUCCACCAAAGUGGCUAA